AUGUCUUCGCCAAAGUCACUCGCCAAGACUUCUAAGUCGCCUACGCCUGAGGCUGCUGAGCAUGAGAAUGUUCCUAUUGAACCUGCUUCCGACUCAGACUCUUCGUAUUCAGUAGCAACCAGCGUUAACGAUACUGAAUCUCUGAGAGAGUCUAUCCUGAACUACAAGUGGGAGAAUGGUAGACGUUAUCACGCAUACGGAGAUGGUCCCUAUUGGGCACCAAAUGAUGACCGCCAGCAGGAAGCUGAAGAUUUAAUCCAUGAGUUGUUCCGUAUAGUUCUAGAUGGUAAGCUCUACGAGGCGCCAAUCGGCGACAGUCCACAACGACAGAAUGUUCUGGAUGUCGGCUGCGGAACGGGUAUCUGGGCUAUUGAUAUGGCAGACAUGCACCCUUCUGCUGAAGUCCUUGGUGUUGACCUCUCACCGAUCCAACCAAACUUCAUUCCGCCCAAUUGUAGAUUCGAGGUCGAUGAUAUUAACAAGGAGUGGACAUAUCCAGAGAACAAAUUUGACUUUAUUCACAUCCGUUACAUGACAGGCACUGUCCCAAGUUGGCCAGAGCUUCUCAAGAAAGCCCAAACACACCUUAAGCCUGGCGGCUGGAUCGAGCAUGUAGAACUUUGGGGAGACGCAAGGGUAGACGAUGAUAGCAUGAGCCCUAAUUCUCCACUGAAGACUUGGGUUAAGAUCUUCGAGGAGAUCGGAAAAAAGAUAGGCAACCCCUUCUUCUGGAACCCCGCCGACGCAUUCAAAGAAGCUGGUCUGCAGAACAUAUCGGAGCGAAAAGUCAAAGUGCCCAUUGGUACUUGGGCAAAGAACAAGGAUCUGCAGCAGUGGGGUGCUUGGAACCGCCAAUUCUUGUUGCAGGGCUUGGAGGGCUUCUCUAUUCGUGGCUUGACUGAGAUAUUGGGAUGGGAAUAUGAGAAGGCGCAAGUCUUUCUUAUCGAUAUGCGCAAAGAGCUGCUGAACCGGAAGCUUCAUUCAUAUGUUUUAGUAACAGCUGUUUACGGUCAAAAGCCUGCGGAGUAA